GCCGUCGUCAUAGCAGAAAAGUCCAAAUAAACACCCGCAGACUAAGAUGAAACCCGACCUACAGGGUUGUUUGUGCAGAUUUGAGAUGUAAGUGUGUAAUAAUCAGUAUAACCACAACUCCACGAGGAAAAACACAUCUGUGCUAAGAAUAGGUGGGAUGUGUUUUGUCUCAUGGAGCAGACUUUAUGAUGAACCACACCCUGACUGGAGUGUGAGACUUUUUACUCACACCAGAGUCAGGUUGGUUGAAAACUCUCAGAGAAGGACGACGUCAAUAUUUUCCACUGAAGACCAGCUUCACUGCGCUGGAAUCUGCACCCGAUGAAAGGCGAUGUGAGUGUGUUUGUAGCCGCUGCAACUGUCAAGUCGCGCCGCCUGACCAGCUUGGGAAGACAGAGGCCUGCCGCAGGGAGGGAGGGGCAGGAUAAGAGCAACAUGCAAAGGGAAGUUGAACAAUCGCAUGAAGAACUUCUGUGGUGGAGAAGAAAUGGCAGCAUGUAAGUCGUGAAUUAACUGAAGAGGAGAGAGUAAGGAGAGGAAACGAGCAAAGGUGACACCAAAGGAGAACAAAUGAUGGGUGGAGGACUGGUUCUUAACUGCUACCUGCUGGUGAUCACAGCGUCUGUGAAAGGUAUUCUUGCUGGUAAUUGGUCAGUUUUUCUCGCUGUUGGUCCUAUCUGUGCUGUGAUUGGUUCCUCUGUGAUUAUCCCAUGUUCCUACGACUAUCCCCAGAGUUCUGGAACAGAGGGGCGGAGCUUUACCAAGACCACUGCUGCAGGGCAGGUGGAAGAUCAACAGUAUAAAGUUCUGUCUGUAAUGUGGUGCCUGGAGGAAGGCCGCUGUAUCACACCAAGCUAUGUAUUCCACAGUGAUGGUAUAUUUCCAGAUCUGUCCUACCAGAACCGGGUGGAGUAUCUGGGAGUUCCGGGAACAAAGAACUGUUCUCUGAGGAUUUCCAACCUGAGACAGUCGGACACUGGAACCUACAUGUUCUACCUCAUAACGAACCAUCCCACAGAGAAGAUGCUGGAACAGAGCGGCAUACAGCUCCUGGUGGCAGACUCGCCCAGUGCAGUCAUGGCAUCUGCAAGUCCAUCUGAUGACAUCACUGAGGGCGUGGCCUUACGCUUGGCCUGCUGCAGCCCGGCCGCCGGUCCAGAGGCUCAUGUCAGAUGGUUCCAGAACACAAGCGCCACCUCAAAGCAUUCUGGAGUAGUGUGGAAUGUGGGUGAAGUUACAGCUGAUUUUUCUGGAAAAUACUUCUGCCAGAUCCAGACUGGAGGUGACACACAAGAUUCACCAGUGCUGAACAUCGACGUGCAGUAUUCUCCUCGCCACACCUCUGUGGCCAUCUCUCCUGUUACCAACCAGGACCAGGGCCGUCCUGUGACUCUGACCUGCAGCAGCAAUGCUAACCCAACCGUGCACACGUACACCUGGUACCAUGGCGCUGCAUGCCUCGCCACAUCAGGGAUCAGCUUUAGUCAAGGAAGACAGUCUGCAGCUGAGGAUGCUGGAGCGGGUUGGACACUUAGCAGCAUAAACGUCAGCGCUGACCAUCACGGGCAGCACUGCUGUGUAGCCAGAAACAGACACGGAUCACAGACUUCCACUGUGGCAGUCAACCUUUCCUCAGUGUCAAAGUCUUCAGGCAGCCAUGUGGUGGCUGUCGGGGUAACCGUCGCUGGCCUACUGGCGAUUAUUGGCAUUAUUAUCUUUAUCAAGAUGAGGAAUCGGAGGACGUCUGGUCACCAGUCAUAUGUCCUGACUGAGACAAACCCUCCAGCACCAUAAGGACUCACAAAAACUAAAAACACUGAGUUCUCGACACUGGCGCAUCAACACACACGCAACAUCUGUACAGGACUGUUCCACAGUCAUGACGUCACCACAAAAACCAUCACAUAUUCAAAAUGUGAGCAUCUCAAACACACUAUGGCUUUAAAAUAUAUAAUUGCAUAUAUUAAAAAAAAUAUGCAUGUUUACAAUGACAUCACAUGAUUGAUAAUAUUGAUUAUCUAUCUAAAUAGAACAUAUCUGUCAGACUGAGGAGAGGUAAGAUAACCACACACUGGAAUCCUAAAUUUAAAAUCGUCUGAACUGAAAAAUGACCUUUGAAAUGUUUGAAAUGUGCCAGUCAAUCAUGUAUUGAUUGACGUUCCAUCACAGGUUUCCCUCCAAUAUGAUUCUUUUUUUUUGGGGGGGGGGGGGGGGGGGGGGGUUCUGCGGGAUGGGUGUUGGUCAGGAGCAUGGAUGCCACAUCCACCACACUACAAGAACCAACUUUGGUCCUGGAUGGCAACCACCCAACAGGGAUGUGGUUUAAAAAAGAAAAAACUGAAAGAUGGCACAAUUUUACAUUUACCAAACUCUGUUGGCUGUGUAUCAUUAAAAACCUAUGAGGUCUGCAUCACUGACUCUGAAUUACACAUAAUGGACACUUUAUUAAGUACACCUUGCUAGAUCAGAACCCCCCUUUGCCUUCAGAACUUCCUUAAUUCUUUGUGGCAUUGAUUCAACAAGGUGUCGGAAACAUUCCUCAGAGAUGUUGGUCCAUACUGACAUGAUGGCAUCACACAGUCACCCUUUCAACCAGUCUGUCAAUUCGCCUCUGACAUCUACAAGGCAUUUUCAUCCACACAACUGCAGCUCUCUGGAUAUCUUCUCUUUUUUGGACCGUUCUCUGUAAACCCUAGAGAUGGUUGUGGGUGAAAAUCCCAGUAGAUCAGCAGUUUCUGAAAUACUCAGACCAGCCCAUCUGUCACUUAAAUCCCUUUCUUCCCCAUUCGGAUGCUCAGUUUGAACUUCAGCAAGUCAUCUUCACCACAUCUAGAUGACUAAAUGUGUUGGGUUCCUGUCAUGUGAUUGGCCGAUUAACUAUUUGUGUUAAUAAGCAACUGAACAGGUGUACCUAAUGAAGUGGCCAAUGAGUGUAUAUGGUCAUGUUCAAAUAUUUGCUAUCAUAUUAAUUCAAUGUAAAAAGUACAGCAGAAUAUUCAGCGUGUGGAAAGUAGAACCCAGAAAACUAGGGGGAAAAAGAUAUAUAUGAAUAACUAAACACAUCCAGUUAUUUACAGCCCUGCUGACCAGUCAGAUAUUUUUAAUGUAAUUCAUUUUAAAUUAAUAUUUUAGAGCACCAAGUAAAGAGCAAAGAACAAACACCCAAUACAUGUUGAAGCAAUAUACAACCAAUGUGAGCCCAUUAAAAACGGACUGCAGUGAAAACCGGGUCACAUCUGUGUCGUUUUACAUUAAACGUCAAGAAUGAUAAGAAAACCAACAGAUCCUGACCAGAGCCUGGAGACAACCGGAGGAGGAUGACAGCCUGGAGGACAGUGACUCUGAGAACAGGAUAUUCAUUUAUACAAAAAAAAGUAAAUAUGCAUAGAUAAACUCUGUGGCUUAGGAGUCUUUAUUUCUUCUUUUUUUUAUUAUUAUUAUUAUUACUAUUGCAUCUGAUUUAUUGAUGAUCUGAGUAUUACAAUGUACAACCUCAAGUCAGGAAAAGUUGCAUGAUAUGGAAAAUGCAAAGAAAAAAUUAAAGAGAUUAUAAUGCAUUGUUU